UUUCCCAUGGAUGCUUCUCUUCUUGGCUGCUGACGAAGUGACCGAAGAAAAUGCUGAGGUGCCAAGCAGCCAGUCUUGCCGAAGGACGGGUGCGGGGGCUUGGGGUUCCUCGGAGCAACGCUUGUGUCACCAUUGCUAAGAAGAUGGUCCAGGAGUGCUCGGCUGUGUGAGUCCCCGCUCGAAGCCGGUGGAGACUGCGGUUGUUAUUGAUCAAGUGAAAUAGCAGACGCCGAAAUAAAAGCCACUAGAAAUGAUGUGUGAAGUGAUGCCAACGAUAAACGAGGACACCCCGAUGAGUCAACGGGGGUCCCAAAGCAGCGGCUCAGACUCGGAUUCUCACUUUGAGCAGCUGAUGGUGAACAUGCUGGAUGAAAGGGACCGUCUCCUUGAUACUCUUCGGGAGACACAGGAAAGCUUGUCACUUGCACAGCAACGCCUACAGGACGUCAUCUACGACAGAGACUCCCUCCAGCGACAGCUUAACUCCGCACUGCCUCAGGAAUUUGCUGCACUGACAAAAGAAUUAAAUGCGUGCAGGGAACAGCUGCUUGAAAAAGAGGAGGAGAUUUCAGAACUGAAAGCUGAAAGAAACAACACAAGACUGUUACUGGAGCAUUUGGAGUGCCUUGUCUCAAGACACGAAAGGUCACUGAGGAUGACAGUGGUGAAACGGCAAGCACAGUCUCCCUCAGGAGUUUCCAGUGAAGUUGAGGUCCUCAAAGCUCUGAAAUCUCUGUUUGAGCACCACAAGGCUCUGGAUGAAAAGGUAAGGGAACGACUGAGGGUUUCUUUAGAAAGAGUCUCUGCACUGGAAGAAGAACUAGCUGCUGCUAACCAGGAGGCAUGCAGCCUCCAUGAGGUCCUGAGUAGGAGAACACAGGGAUCGCAGGAGCCAGAUGGAGUGAAAGACGGAGAUCUUGAACGCCUGUCCAAUGGCUCCAUAGACUCAAAUGAUGAAGCCAGUCAAGUUGUUGAACUUCAGGAACUACUGGAAAAGCAAAACUAUGAAAUGGCACAAAUGAAGGAGCGUUUGGCUGCACUGUCUUCCCGGGUGGGAGAGGUAGAACAAGAAGCAGAGACUGCCAGGAAGGAGCUCAUUAAAACAGAAGAAAUGAACAGUAAAUAUCAGAGAGACAUUAGAGAGGCAAUGGCACAAAAGGAAGAUAUGGAAGAAAGAAUAACUACGCUGGAGAAGCGCUACCUCAGUGCACAGAGAGAAUCCACCUCUAUACAUGACAUGAACGAUAAGCUGGAAAAUGAACUGGCAAACAAGGAAGCCAUACUACGUCAGUUGGAAGACAAAAACAGACAGCUGCAAGAGCGUCUAGAGCUGGCUGAGCAGAAGCUGCAGCAGACGAUGAGGAAGGCUGAAACCUUACCCGAAGUGGAGGCUGAGCUGGCUCAGAGAAUUGCAGCUCUGACUAAGGCAGAAGAAAGACAUGGAAACAUUGAGGAACGUAUGAGACACUUAGAAGCUCAACUUGAAGAGAAGAAUCAGGAACUUCAAAGAGCAAGGCAAAGAGAAAAAAUGAAUGAGGAGCACAACAAAAGAUUAUCGGAUACCGUAGACAGACUUUUGACAGAAUCCAAUGAGCGUCUGCAGCUACACUUAAAAGAGAGAAUGGCAGCACUUGAAGAAAAGAAUGUUUUGAUUCAAGAAUCUGAAAGUUUCAGGAAAAAUCUGGAAGAAUCGUUACAUGACAAGGAAAGACUUGCUGAAGAAAUUGAGAAACUGAGAUCUGAACUGGAUCAAAUGAAAUUGAGGGCUGGUUCUUUAAUUGAACCCACAUUGUCAAGGCCUCACCUUGACACAUCAGCAGAGCUGAGGUAUUCUGUGGGCUCAUUGGUUGAUAGCCAGUCUGACUAUCGGUCAACUAAAGUGAUAAGGCGACCUAGAAGAGGCCGGAUGGGCAUACGCAGAGAUGAACCAAAGGUAAAAUCACUUGGAGAUCACGAGUGGAAUAGGACUCAGCAGAUUGGCGUUUUGAGCAGCCAUCCAUUUGAAAGCGACACUGAAAUGUCCGACAUCGAUGAUGAUGACAGAGAAACGCUUUUCAGCUCCAUGGACCUCCUGUCACCAAGCGGCCAUUCCGAUGCCCAGACUCUGGCCAUGAUGCUUCAGGAGCAGCUAGAUGCAAUCAAUAAAGAAAUCAGGUUAAUCCAAGAAGAGAAAGAGUCGACAGAACUGCGUGCCGAAGAGAUAGAGAACAGAGUGGCCAGUGUGAGUCUGGAAGGCUUAAAUCUGGCCAGAGUCCACCAAGGUACAUCCAUUACUGGCUCAGUGACUGCGUCGUCACUGGCAAGCUCAUCUCCUCCCAGUGGACACUCAACUCCUAAACUCACCCCUCGCAGUCCAGCCAGGGAGAUGGACAGAAUGGGGGUCAUGACACUGCCAAGUGACCUACGGAAACACCGAAGAAAGAUUGCAGUAGUUGAAGAAGAUGGGCGUGAAGAUAAAGCCACAAUCAAAUGUGAAACUUCUCCUCCUCCAACACCCAGAGCUAUCAGAAUGACUCAUACCCUUCCUUCUUCAUACCACAAUGAUGCCAGAAGUAGUUUGCCUGCUUCACUGGAGCCAGAAAGCAUUGGUCUUGGCAGUGUCAAUAGCAGCCAGGACUCCCUGCACAAAGCUCCCAAGAAGAAAGGAAUCAAGUCUUCAAUAGGACGUUUGUUUGGUAAAAAAGAGAAGGCUCGACUUGGACAGCUCAGUAAGGAAUUAGUGGGUAAAAGAGGUUACAUGGAAACAGAGGCAGCAGCUCAGGAAUCUCUGGGAUUAGGCAAACUUGGAACCCAAGCAGAAAAGGACCGAAGACUAAAGAAAAAACAUGAACUUCUGGAAGAAGCUCGGAGAAAGGGUUUGCCUUUUGCACAGUGGGAUGGGCCUACAGUGGUUGCCUGGCUGGAGCUCUGGCUAGGCAUGCCCGCCUGGUACGUUGCUGCCUGCCGUGCCAAUGUGAAGAGCGGAGCUAUUAUGUCUGCUUUGUCCGAUACUGAGAUUCAACGGGAAAUUGGAAUCAGCAAUCCUCUUCAUCGUUUAAAGCUCCGAUUAGCAAUCCAGGAGAUGGUAUCACUAACAAGUCCAUCAGCACCACCAACAUCCAGAACACCCUCAGGCAAUGUUUGGGUGACCCAUGAAGAGAUGGAAAAUCUUGCUGCUCCAGCUAAAACGAAAGAGUCUGAAGAAGGCAGCUGGGCUCAGACCCUGGCUUAUGGUGAUAUGAACCACGAAUGGAUAGGUAACGAAUGGCUCCCCAGUCUGGGUUUACCUCAGUAUCGAAGUUAUUUUAUGGAAUGCCUGGUAGAUGCGAGGAUGUUAGAUCACCUGACAAAGAAAGACCUGCGUGUGCACUUAAAAAUGGUGGAUAGCUUUCAUCGAACAAGCUUGCAAUAUGGAAUCAUGUGUUUAAAGAGGUUGAAUUAUGAUAGAAAAGAACUGGAAAAGCGAAGAGAAAUGAGUCAGCAUGAAAUAAAAGAUGUGCUGGUAUGGAGCAAUGAUCGAGUCAUACGCUGGAUACAAGCUAUUGGCCUCCGAGAAUAUGCAAAUAAUAUUCUAGAAAGUGGUGUACAUGGUUCACUUAUAGCACUGGAUGAAAACUUUGAUUACAGCAGUUUAGCUUUAUUAUUACAGAUUCCAACACAAAACACCCAGGCACGGCAGAUCCUUGAGAGAGAAUACAACAACCUUUUAGCACUAGGAACUGAAAGACGACUUGAGGAAAGCGAUGACAAGAACUUCAGACGUGGCCCCUCCUGGCGACGACAGUUUCCUCCACGCGAGGUUCACGGGAUCAGCAUGAUGCCGGGCUCCUCGGAAACGCUGCCAGCUGGGUUCAGAUUAACCACAACAUCAGGGCAGUCGCGGAAGAUGGCGACUGAUGUUGCUUCAUCACGACUGCAGAGGUUAGACAGCUCAACAGUUCGCACAUACUCAUGCUGACAAGGCCUAGCAAAGAAGCCAGCACUGAAUU